CACUUUGGGGAGACAGCUCCAGGGCUGAAUGGGAAGAGCUCGAGGCCCUGAGAGGACCCCUUAGUGUUUAGAGAGCACGGAGGGCUACUGGCAGAUUCUAACGUAAGGAAGGGAGCACCCAAGGCGGACCUGGGCGCACACCAUAAACACCCCACUUGUUAAUAGUACGGGGCCCAAAGGACCCUUCAGACAGACCCUGAAAGACGGUUCACGUCCGGGCAGGGACUAGGCGAGCGCACAGGCCAGGCCCCCGAUCUCCAUCCACAUUGGGGCAGCCCCCACAGUUCCUGGCCUUUGGGCUGAUUAUCGGGUGUGCGUCUCGAGGGCCAUCAAUACAGAUUACUUAUUUAUAUCAAUCGCGGGCUCGGAGGGCGCCCUCCGAGAGCUGCCCCACGCCUACGAAAUCAAACUGGGAGUGGUCGCGCAGGAACUCUGGCUCAGGAUUGGCUGCAGGCGCCCGCCGCGAUGCGGGGGGAUUGCUAAUCGUAUUCAGCAUGUUUUGCACAAGAAAUGUCAGCCAGAAAGGGCUAUCUGCUCCCUUCGCCAAAUUAUCCCACAACAAUGUCAUGCUCGGAGAGCCCCGCCGCGAACUCUUUUUUGGUCGACUCGCUCAUCAGCUCCGGCAGAGUCGAGGCUGGCGGCGGCGGCGGCGGCGCAGGGGGCGGCGGCGGCUACUUCGCCCACAGCGGGGUCUACCUGCCGCCCGCCGCCGACCUGCCCUACGGGCUGCAGAGCUGCGGGCUCUUCCCGGCUCUGGGAGGCAAGCGUAAUGAGGCGGCGUCGCCAGGCGGCAGCGGCGGCGGAGGCGGCGGCGGCGGCGGGGCCCUGGGUCCCGGGGCGCACAACUACGCGCCCGCGCCCAUAGACCUAUGGCUCGAUGCGCCCCGGUCCUGCCGGAUGGAGCCGCCCGAGGGGCCGCCGCCACCGCAGCAACCCCAGCAACAGCCGCCGCCGCCCCCGCCGCAGCCACCCCAACCCCCGCCGCAGGCCACUUCGUGCUCUUUCGCGCAGAACAUCAAAGAGGAGAGCUCCUACUGCCUCUACGACUCGGCGGACAAAUGCCCCAAAGGCUCGGCCGCCGCAGCCGACCUGACCCCCUUCCCGAGGGGCCCGCCGCCCGACGGUUGCGCCCUGGGCACCUCCAGCGGGGUGCCCGUGCCCGGCUACUUCCGCCUGUCUCAGGCCUAUGGCACGGCCAAGGGCUACGGCGGCGGCGGCGGCGGGGCGCAGCAUCUCGGCGCCGGCCCGUUCCCCUCUCAGCCCCCUGGGCGCGGCUUCGACCCGCCACCCGUGCUCGCCUCCGGCUCGGCGGAUGCGGCCCGGAAGGAGCGAGCCCUCGAUUCGCCGCCGCCCCCCACGCUGACUUGCGGUGGCGGCGGCGGGGGCUCGCAGGGCGACGAGGAGGCGCACGCGUCGUCCUCGGCCGCCGAGGAGCUCUCCCCGGCCCCUUCCGAGAGCAGCAAAGCCUCGCCCGAGAAGGACUCCCGGGGCAAUACCAAAGGCGAAAACGCAGCCAACUGGCUCACGGCAAAGAGCGGCCGGAAGAAGCGUUGCCCCUACACGAAGCACCAGACGCUGGAGCUGGAGAAGGAGUUUCUGUUCAACAUGUACCUUACUCGAGAGCGGCGCCUAGAGAUCAGCCGCAGCGUCCACCUCACGGACAGACAAGUCAAAAUCUGGUUUCAGAACCGCAGGAUGAAACUGAAGAAAAUGAACCGAGAAAACCGGAUUCGGGAGCUCACGGCCAACUUUAAUUUUUCCUGAUGAAGCUCCAGGCCACGCCGUGUGUGUGUUUGUGUUUCUGUUCUUGUUUUGUUUUCCGCUUCCAGAGAGCCGUCCUCCGCCCUCUGUCUCCGGCCUCUGCCCAGGACCCCGCACCUGUGCGGCAGCCCCACUGCUCCCUCCCACCUCGCCGGCCACGUCUGUGCAGGGCUGGUUUGUUCUGGCUUUUUGUUUCUCAGUCUGUUUGCUAGGUGCUGGUUUACUUGUCGUUUUCUGGGGGAAAAAGCCAUAUCGCUCUAAAAUUCUAUGUAGAUGAAUAUUGUCCUGAGUGUCAAGGGGUGAACUGGGAUGGCUUGCUGUCUCAGUGUCCCACUGCUCGAGGUGGCCCCUGUCCUCCUGGGGGAGCUGGUUUCCUGUGGGGGGUUGGGGGGGGGGCCGGGAAACCUAGCCGGAAGGCCCAGGACGCCUUGUAGGCGCUGAGGUGUCUGGCCUGAGGUCGGUGGUGCAAGGAGCCGCCACAGGGCUGGCCAGCCUGGUGUGCUGGGCUGUGUUUAAUCAGGGGAUGCGGGCCCUAGGUUUCUUCCUUUCUCUCUUUCUUCCUUUCUCUCUUUCUUCCUUUCUUGGCAGAGAGAAGGGCUUAUGGGCAUACAGGUUGGCAAAAGGGCUUGAUUUUGGCUGAUUGGAGCAUUGAGAGGGUCAGAAAGGUAAAAUGUUUCCUUUCUUUGUAAGACAUCCCAGCUUUAAAAGAAAAAAAAAAAAGAAUGACCAUGACAGGCAAACCCCUCUUCCAGUUUGUGUAAGGUCUUGCAUCGUGGGCAUCAAUUAUUUCCCUUCUCUCUGAAUUUCCAUAUCCUCUGGAAAAUAGUAGACAAAUAAUCUGAUGUCGUUUAGUUUAUACAUGUGGACUUAGUGGAUUUUUGUCAUAAAAUAAUUGUUGCCACUGGUAACACAACAAGCACACCACAAUUCUCCCGGUCCUGAGGAGGGUCCCCCCCCUCCACUUUUUUCUUCUUCUUUUUUUCUUCCCCAAAAUUCGUGGAAGCCGAGGAGGGCUGGGGCAAGCGGAAUAGAUUAGAGAAGGGAGACAUUUGUCUGGUUUCCUUUAUACUGUGAAGUUACAUGCAUAAAAGGGUCAGACCUGUAGGUGCAGAAAAAGAAAAAAAACUAUAAAUGCAAAUCUGUAUAAAUGUCUAUUAUUAUGAAAAAAUCGCCAAUCUUGUUUUAUGCAAAUGCAUUCUAUCGUUAUUAUAAAUGUUAGUUCUAGCUCUAUUCUAAUCUUAAAUCAGAAUAAAUUAAUAUUGUAAUGCUGCUGUGCGUGGAAAAAAAAGACGAUGUUUAUGUUCUUAUAGAAGAAUAAAAGCUGUGGAAUGAAGCUUUUUAAUUUUA